GAAAAAAUAAUAGUAAACAAUAUUAGAGACUCAACUCAAGUAUAUAUAAAUAUGACCAAUAUGGGCUAAAAGCACUAUAUAUCAUCAAUAUUAUUAUUAAUUCAUUCUUUCUUCUUCAGUUUAUAUUGUGCUAUAAUUAAUAUAACCAUGGCAUCAACAUGUGAUAAAGGAUUUGCUGAUAGUUAUAUGAUUCUGAAUCCAGAAGAUGCUCAUUUCUUUGAUAUUAUUCGUAUUUUAUUUUCUCGUAAUAUAGGACAUAGAAAAUUUGUGGAUAGUAAUGCUGAGGGAGAUGUUGAAGGAAGCUUUAGAGGUAGAUGGCUUAUAUUUAUCUCUAUUGUUCUUCAGAAGCUCAUGUUGUAUAUUGCUAAGCCACUUAAUAAGUUUGGUUCUUGUGUUGAGAUGUUGAUUAAUCUCAUUUCACUUAAUGGAGGCAUCACCAUGAUUAUAAUUAACUUUCUCUCAGGUAAGUUGGUAAUCCCAAAUCCAAAAGAAUCAACAUUCUUGUCUUGCAUUGGAAAUUUGGAUACAAGAGUAAAAUUUGAUAAUAUUCUGAAGCAUGAAGACAGCACAUAUUAUAUUUCUAUAUCUAUGAUGGCUUCAAAAGCUGUAUAUGAGAAUGAAGCUUACCUUAAAUCUACUAUCACACGAGACUGGAAGAUGGAAUAUGUGGGAUUUUUUGAUUGCUGGAAUGAGUAUCAAGGAAAGGCCUCAACCCAAGUCUUAAUAUUAUUGGACAAAUACAAGGACCGUGACACUUAUGUAGUAGCUUUCAGAGGAACAGAACCCUUUAAUUCCGAUGAUUGGUGCACUGAUCUUGACAUAUCUUGGUAUGGGAUUCCUGGUGUUGGAAGAGUUCAUGGUGGAUUCAUGAAAGCCUUAGGACUACAAAAAAAUAUAGGAUGGCCUAAAGAAAUUCAAAGAGAUGAAACACAUGCCCCACUAGCCUAUUAUAUUAUUAGAGACAUACUAAGAAAAGGUUUAAGUGAAAAUCCUAAUGCAAAGUUUAUAAUUACUGGUCAUAGUUUAGGUGGAGCAUUGGCAAUAAUUUUUCCAACAAUUAUGUUCUUACAUGAUGAGAAAUUGUUGAUUGAGAGGUUAGAAGGGAUUUAUACAUUUGGACAACCAAGAGUUGGAGAUGAGAUAUAUGCAGAUUAUAUGAGAGAACAAAUGAAGGAACAUUGUAUAAGGUAUUGUAGAUUUGUUUAUUGCAAUGACAUUGUUCCAAGGUUGCCUUAUGAUGAUAAGGAUAUGAUGUUCAAGCACUUCGGUGACUGCCUUUUCUUUAAUAGGCGCUACGAACUUAGGGUUCUUGAUGAAGAACCAAACAAGAACUAUUUCUCACCUUGGUGUAUAAUACCUAUGGUAUUUAAUGCCAUACUAGAAAUCAUAAGGAGUUUUACCAUUGCAUAUAAAAAUGGACCUCACUAUAGAGAAGGAUGGUUUCUCUUCUUUUUUAGGGUGGUUGGUUUACUUGUUCCUGGAUUACCUGCUCAUGGUCCUCAAGAUUAUAUUAAUUCAACUCUUCUCGGAUCAAUUGAAAGACAUUUCAAAGAAGAUUGAUGUAUCAUUGUUUGUUGAUUGAUAAUAAGCUUAUAAUAGAGCAUGUUAAUUUGAUGCUUCAAUUUGGCAAUGCAAAGUUGUCAUGUGUAAACACCAAAAGUGAUAUGUGUGGGUUUGGGUAAAUACUUUAUGAAUGAAGAAAACGAUUGGUCAUGGGAAUUUAUAUUCAACUUUACAGAGGAUAAAUACUUGGAGAUAUAGCUAGGGUCCAAUUUAUAUUCAACUCAGUGUUGUGUUCAUGGGAAUUUGUCAAAUGUAAAAAUUUUAAACUAUAAGUUUUUGAUACCAAGAAGAAAAAUCCAAGUGUUCAAGAUUUGAAGAAGUGAUGAAAUUAAGAAUAUGUUGAUUUA